AUGAAUAACUCAUCCGGGAUACAAUCAUCCGAAAGACAUUAUUCACUGGAGCCUAAAAUAGCCUGGUAUUGGUCUGCCCGGCUGAUAAUCUCUGCUUUCGCCAUUUUGGGAAACGGAGUUGUUAUUUUCCUGAUAGCGACAAAAAAGCGCUUGCAGAUUAUUUGUAACUGGUUUGUGUUAUCUCUUGCUGUAUCAGACUUUUGUGUGGGGCUUUUAUUAACGCCGACUGGCCUAGUAUGCUCGUACCUGUUUCCAUGCGACUGGCGUCUUCAGUUAGCCUUCUACAACUUCCUGUUGUUUGCAUCGACAUUAAAUUUGUGGGCAAUGAUUUACGACAGACAUCACGCCAUCGUGCAUCCUCUUACAUAUCUGACGCAAAUGACAACACGUAAAAUAACAGUCAUCAUAUCCCUACCAUGGAGUACAUCAGGUUUAGUGUCAUUUAUUCGCCUUCUGUGGUUUUAUGACAAUACCCUAAGAAAAGAGAUAGAGUCAUAUUAUCGGGUUUUCGUGGAUUUAUUCUUUGGAUUGUUUUCAUGUCUUCUACUCGUGAUAAUCUUUGUGAGAAUUUUGAUGAUAGUUUUUAGGCACUCUAGGAGCGCUGCCUCUCAAGCAGCGCAUUUAUCGUUCAACCAAACCUUCCGUGUUAAGUACAAAUACAAGCGAGAAAGGCUAUCAGCUAAGAUUCUUGGCGCAGUUUUAUGCUUGUUUGUGGUUUGUUAUAGUCUCAGCAUAUACAUCUCUUUCUGUUUAAAUUUCAAACUUUGCUCGCCCUCUCCUCAAUUACGCCUUGCAUCUAUUCUCUUGAUUCAUCUAAACUGUGCCAUCAACUGUUUUGUCUACGCGCUGCUUAAAAAAGAUUUCCGCACAGAGCUGCGGAAAUUGCUUAAAUGCGACAGUGAGCUCAACAUUGCA